AUGCGAGAUUCUGAUUGGCACAUAGAUGCCGUGAACAUUUCUGAAAGCUACCCUAUGCAAUACGAAGAUGAACCAUCGGAGCCUGAACCCGAUGAAGGGGCAGAAGAGAAAGCGGAUAAUGAUAACAAGAAGGAGGACACUCCUGGCCCUCCUUUUGGUGAUACUGAUGAAAAGCAUGAGCAGGGACCGGGAGAACAAGCUCGAAACACAUCAAAAUAUAUGACGAAGUAUGAACGUGCAAGAAUUUUGGAUAUUCAGGCCCUGCAAAUCAGCAUGGAUGCACCUGUGAUGGUUGCGUUGGAAGGUGAAACUGACCCACUUGAGUUUAGCUUAUUUAUGAGCAUUGGUGAAUUACGCAAUUUGUUUUGUUCUCCGUCUUUCCUUGUUGCUUAUGAUUUGGUACUUUUGAGAUUGAACUUCAAUCUAUUGCAGGCCUUCUUCAAUUGUUUCGUGUCAUAAAGGAUUCUAUGUAAUUGGAACUUUAAGUAUGUCACUGGAUGUAUACAACAAUUGCGUCCUGAUUAUGAUCGGCUAUAGUACUAUGUAAGGUGUUGUAGCUGGCAUACCUUGAUGUUUUUCAUGCUAUUGUGCCCAAGCUCGGUUGUCUGCGUUUUCCAUGUAGGCCUUCCUGGUAGAGCGAAGAACUAUGAAUAGAGGGCUCUUUUUUGUUUGAACGGAGUUACAGACUCCGGUUCCUUACUAUUACUUUUAACAUGCUGUCACAGGAUAUUAUCACUUGGUGUUGUGGUACGAAAUUUAGGGCAAGUCGUCUUUUACGGUUCUACCUAACUCUACCAUCUCUAAACUACUCCCCAGCCAACCCUAGAUCUUUCAAACCAAUUAUGAAAGGUCAGUGUAUUUCUCCAUUUCUGAAGCAGUCAAGAAUCUGAAUCAUUCUUAUAAGUUUGUGCAUGGGUCUGACCAGCCUUGGGCACGUAAUUUCUUUUGAGAAAAGUGAAAAUUGCUUUGGUGUAUGUUAUUCAGCCGUGGAAAAGUAAUGCUCAGCGAGUUUCAUUUCUUUUGGUGCGUCUCUCUUCGUUAGCUUUACGUCGAUCAUUUCGUUCAUAAUAUUUGUUACAGAUUGCAAUGAACGAGCUUCGAGAGCGGAAGAUUCCCCUCACCAUUCGCCGUUGCCUACCAGAUGGGACUUAAGUUCUUGGUUUAUCUUGAACAUUGCCUGCCUCGUCACUAGAUUGACAACGAGCUUAACUCGAAAUCUAGAUAUCUGCUUCCCCUACCUCUUCUCUAACUAGCGAAUGACUUUGGUUGCGUUGCGUUUUCAGUUACGAGGAUUGGGGAGUCGAUGAACUGAUCCUGGAAGAGGCAUUUGGGAGGUGAUUAAUCUGCAUAUGCUUGUUUGAUGUGAUGGGGUUCUUCUUAGCCAAAUUGAUUCCUAUCCACAGAAAAUAGUAUUUUGAAACCAGAUUUGAGUUUCUUCUGUAAUCCCCGCCAUCGACGACGGAAUCGCUAACAAACCACCAGCCUAAUAACUUUCAAAAAUCAUGGUUUCAACUUUAAGGAUAGGUAUGUGAUCCAUGUGUGGCC